GGCGCCGCAGCCGGGCCUUCCCGCGAGGGGCGCGCGCAGCAUGGCGGAAGCGGAAGGGAGUUCUCCGCUCCUGUUGCAGCCGCCGCCGCCCCCUCCUCGGAUGGCGGAAGUAGAGACGUCGACGGCGGCCGAGACGGACAUGAAGCAGUAUCACGGGUCCGGUAGCGUCGCCAUGGACGUGGAGCGGAGCCGCUUCCCCUACUGCGUGGUAUGGACGCCCAUCCCGGUGCUCACCUGGUUUUUCCCCAUCAUCGGCCACAUGGGCAUCUGCACGUCCACAGGAGUCAUUCGGGACUUCGCUGGCCCCUAUUUUGUUUCGGAAGACAACAUGGCCUUUGGAAAACCUGCCAAGUUCUGGAAAUUGGACCCUGCACAGGUCUAUGCUAGUGGGCCCAACGCAUGGGACACGGCUGUGCACGAUGCCUCUGAAGAGUACAAGCACCGCAUGCACAAUCUCUGCUGUGACAACUGCCACUCACAUGUGGCCUUGGCCCUGAACCUGAUGCGUUACAACAAUAGCACCAACUGGAACAUGGUGACGCUCUGCUUCUUCUGUCUGAUCUAUGGGAAGUACGUCAGUGUUGGAGCCUUUGUGAAGACCUGGCUGCCCUUUGUCCUUCUCCUGGGCAUCAUCCUGACCGUCAGUCUCAUCUUCAAUGUGCGGUGAUGGCUUUCAGAUGCCCCAAGCCCGCCAGGGCCCCCAAGGAGGCCCCUGCCACCCACCCCUUUUGGUUCCAAUUCUUUUAUCCCCACCCUCAGGUAGAGUCGCCUCCUGAGUUGGAAGUAGGGUCAGGACUUGGGACGGAAGUGCUGAGGGAGUGUGAGAUAAGGUUGCGUGAGCCUCCUUGUCCUCUCUCCCUGGGCUUGUGACCUAAUCUUUGUGGCACUCUCAUUGCCAUCCUGGGAAGGCCUUCCCUUAGGACGCCUCCUGCCACUGCCACAGGGCUGCCUCCAUGCCCAGGGUAUACAGUGACAACAAGGACCACUAGAACAAGCAAGUGUUCAGAGCUGGAUUUGAAACUGCUUUCAUGUUGCAUUGGGGGGUGUGGUGUUCUGAGAAGCGUGCUGAGCCAAGAGAUUUGGAAACUUCCUUGCUGGCCUAGAACAGACUGGAAGGGCUGGCUAGGCCCUUCCUGUGUCUGCUGGAGCUGCCUUAGUAUAGUGUGUCUUGUCACCCCCGAUCUGGGCCCUGGCUUAGCGAGGUGAAUGGUACUUAUGUGCAGAGUGGGUCCUCUGUAACUUAGGUAAUGUGAACCCCCUUCUUUCCAGGAAUCCUCACACUGGGGAUAGUAACCCAUGAGGGGCUUGGUCUACUUCUGGUUGGGCCCUGUGCAGCCUGCCUCCCCCAGGUCCACAGACUCCUUUAUAAGGAGCUCCCUGGCAGGACGUAAAGUUCAGGUGGUGUCUUGUCAUUUUCUUCCUCUGCUAACACCAUGCCCCAGUCUUUCCAACUGGAGCUUAUGGGCACAUCAACAUUACUUGUAGAUUCUGCCAUUAUGGGGCUGGAGAAAUGGCCCGGUGGUUAAGAGCCCUCAUUGUUCUUCCAAAGGUUCUGAGUUCAAUUCCCAGCAUCCGUAUGGCAGCUCAACUAUUUGAAUUGUCUUGUGGUGUGCAGAUGUACAUGCAAAGUACUCAUAUACAUAAAUAAAUAUUUUUAAAAAUC